CGCCGGGAUGACCCCCCAGCCUUCCUCAUCGCAGGGCUGCUGUCCAUGGCCAACUCCGGCCCCAACACCAACGGCUCCCAGUUCUUCAUCACGUGCGACAAGACGGACUGGCUGGACGGGAAGCACGUGGUGUUCGGCGAGGUGACGGACGGCAUGGAUGGUGCGGGAGAGAUCGAGGCUCAGGGCACCAAGGACGGGAAGCCGAAGCAGAAAGUGAUCAUCUCGGACUGCGGGGAGUGCCCAUGA